GUACAGAUAGGAUGGCACGUCAGUUCCGUCCUGGGAAUGAGAUAUGUUAGAGGCCCUGGAAAUUGCAGCACCUGUUGUAGCUUGCUGUAGCACUUGCUCAGAGAUGUUUUAAAAAGUUCGUUUCAUACGUAAACACGGUGGACCAGAACUUCAGCACAUUGAGAUACAUAACUGACAUUCCCUUUGUGUUUAUGAGACGAUUAGCUGUGCACUUGACGGUGAACGUGAGUUUCAUUCUUGGAGCUGGUUCAUAUCUCCAACAGGUUCAGAGUGACCUUUGGUUAUGGACUGCUAGGCUCUGGUGGCCAGCACUUUGUAGCUGCAUCUGCUCUCUGCUGGCAGCGAAGGCCUCUUUUAUCUGAGCCUUAUUGCUUCGUGGUCCAAGUUCUUACGAGCCCGAGAAGUGGGACGAGAUUGUGCACACUCUUCUGCACACAUGGCGUCCACCUCGGUGAUUGCCGUCAGUAGUCCGUGCAUAUCAAAUGUUAGAGAAAAAUGCCACAAAAGAAGUGGCAAUCAUAUCCGUCGACUUUCUUUCAAUCUUCGCCCAGGCAAUGGAAUCGAAUCAUUGCAUACAACAUUCAGGCUUGAGAAUAGGGGAACUUUGUGGAACUGGGCAAGAACCAAACAGGGAAGAUGGUCGGCUCAUUCAGCAAUUGGAGAGCGGGCAACAAUCAAGUGUCAUGCAGUUAGCGGCAUUGAGUUGACCCAAGGGUUGGACAAAGUUGAUGGGUCAGAACCUGUGCAUCAGUUUGUCAUUGUUGGAGCAGGAAUUGCAGGCUUGGCUACUGCCGUUGCCAUGGACAAGAUCGGAGUUAAGACUCUUGUUCUGGAACAGUCUGCAGGACUCAGAACGACAGGCUCUUCCUUGUCUUUAUGGAGAAAUGCUUGGCGUGUUCUGGACUUGCUUGGGGUUAGUGAUGAACUCCGCACAAAGCACUCGUUAAUAACUGGGGUCAGAUUUUUUAAUCAGGACGGAAAACUGCUGAAAUCCUUCGAGGUAGACGAAUGUCCUGGAGGCCCGCACGUCAUUUGUUGUGUGGAGCGCAAAUUGUUGGCCGAUUCUCUCGCAUCACGAUUGCCUCCAGAAACAAUUCGCUACAACUCCCGAGUUCUUUCCAUCGAAAGAGAAUCAGAGAAUGGUCCCUUCGAACUGAAAUUAUCAGACGGGUCCGUCUUACGAACAAAGGUCCUGCUCGGCGCUGAUGGGGUUAAUUCUGUGGUAGCACGGUGGAUGGGGUUGGCAAAACCUCGAUACGUUGGGCACAUUGGGAAUCGAGGGCUGGCAGUGUACCCUGCUGGACAGCCCCAUGGUGACAAGUUUCGACAGAUUAUUGGCAAUGGCGUUCGAGCUGGUGUGCUACCCAUAUCUGCUACUAAGGUUUAUUGGUUCAUCGUGCACCCCGUGGCAAGUCUAGGUCCCAGAGUAACUGAUCCAAAUGAGGUGAAGGCCGAGUUGUUAAGAACGCUCGACGGCUGGCCAGAGUAUAUUAUAGAUUUGAUCAACCAAACCCCGCUGGAGAGCAUAUCAAGAUCAGCUUUGGUGGAUCGAUGGAAUCUGCCGGGUUUUACUCCACCAGUAGCCCAGAACGGUAUAACUCUGGCAGGAGAUGCAUUGCACCCUAUGACACCGAGCCUGGGGCAAGGAGGAUGCAUCGCUUUGGAGGAUGCAAUCAAGCUGACUCAAACUGUAGGUGUGGUUCUCGCUAAAGGAGACAAUGCGGAUCCUGAAAGUAUAACCAAGGCCAUGAAAGAAUAUGCAGCUGAGAGGCAUCAGAGAGCUUUUCCGCUAACAGUUCAGUCCUUCGUUAUGGGACUCUUUAUGCUGACUAGCUUCCCACCUUUCUCCUUUGUAAGGAACCACUUUCUCAUUCCCAAAAUGAUCGGCCCCAUGUCAUUUCUCGCCGCAACAUUCUAUGACUGUGGAGAACUUCCCAAAGCUCAACUUGUAAGAAAGAAAUCGUACCCCAUGAAAUGACUUUCACUUGUCGAAGAAUGCGGGAAGGAAGGAUGCCUGUUGCAGCAUUUCGAACGAUACAAACAUCUGUUUGAGGGGAAGUUAUUAAAAGCAUGAGGUGUCUUUUCAGUGUUAUAGAAUAUCCUUUUGUUUCUCAAACUGUUGAAAGUACUAAGUCUCAUAUUGACGUGGAGAGAAUAAGCACACAAUGACGCCAGGCCGUGUCGCAAGCUAGCAAGAUUGGGGAAGAGAUUGAAAUCCAUUGGCAGAGGUCUCUGGACCUUUUCACCUUCCAUACUCCCCAUCUACUUUGAUAUCGUAGUUAAGAGGUCCUAGAAUUCUUCGAAAUUCUUAGCAAUGUCAGAUACGAGCAGUCUUGUCAUUCCUUAUCAGUGAAACCAGAUAUUUAGGGAGGAAAGACGAUACAUACGAUCAUAGAUUAAGCAGCAACUUGAAGGCAUAGUUAUAUGCUGAUGCUAUCAGAUGCAGAUUCGGAUGCAUUUUCAUGUAUACAUUGAAAGUAAAGCUUCUUCUUUUCUCCCG